UACAACAAUAACUAUUGAAUUAUGGCGCACGGAGGCUACGGCAAGCGCAGAGUUUCCGACCGCCAAGCGGCAGGCGGACGGCGGCCGAAAUCCCUAGCCGUCGACAAGAAGCCCAAACCCAAAGCGAAGGCCGUCUCUCUCAAAAACCAAAUCCGAUCUAUUGAACGCAUGCUCCGCAAAGAUUUGCCACCUGAAGUCAAAGAAGCCCAAGAGAAGAAGCUAGAAGAACUCAAAAAACAACAAGAGAUUCACAACCAGCUGGCAGUGGAGCGUAAAAUAUUCUUGCGUAACAGAAAGAUAAAAUUUUUUGAGAGAAGAAAGAUUGAGCGAAGGAUAAGACGUUUGGAAAAACAGCAGCGUGCUUCAUCUGGUCAGGUCCAAGAGACAGAGAUUACCCAGCAACUUUCUAAAUUGAAAGAAGAUCUUGAAUAUGUUAGGUUCUUCCCGAAGACAGAGAAAUAUGUUUCAUUAUUUAUGGGAGGUGAUGAUACUGAGGUUGUAGAGAAAAGAAAUAAAUUGCGCAGACAGAUUAAGGAUAAUCUAAUUAGUGCUGCAGCAAGUGGGAAGGAUCUGGAAGAGACUGGGAGUGAGGAUGAUGGGCUCUUGGAACUAAGUGAUGACGAUUUCUUCUUAAAUGGAAGCUCAAGUGAUGAUGCUGAAGCAGACGAUGAGUGGACAGAUAAAAGCACAAGGGAACAGGCUUCUAGUGCCUCUGGUAAAGCUACAUCCGGGAUGUCCAGUGAUGAAAGAACUCAGAAACAGAUUUCUGCUCGUGCUCUGAUGCCUCCUCCCGGACCAUCUUUCAAGUCAGUUCCUACUUCACUUAAAGAUAAAACUAAAGUAGGAGGAUCUUCAAGUAAGAAGGCAUACAUACGUAAAGCUGAUAUAUCAACGUCCAGUAACACGUCCAACAGCAUCGGUAGAACUUCCUUCAGAAAGAGAGGUCCUGUGGAGUCAAACACAGGCAACAGUGGUAAUUUAAGUUCCAACUCAGACGCUCGAAAACCCAGAAGAAAAAGGAGGCCGAAGAAGAAAAAGCAACAAGUGGUGUAGCUUUGACUGCAAUAUGUGACACUUAGUUGUGAUGAUGUUUCAAUUGUUGUUGCCCUUUCUCUUUUUAACUUUUGCUCGGAAUUUUAAGUUCCUCUUACGUUAUUUGGUUAUUUUUUAAUAUUCCGUAACCGAGCAACAAUGUUGUUUUAAGUUACUUGUUAUGUUUUUUAAUUACCACUAUGUUAUGUUGAAUCCUAAAAAUUUAUUUUACUCUGAUUUUGCAUACAGUUCCA